UCUUGUCAUGUACACAGCACAUAUUUCCUUCUCAAGCCCAGUUUCUCGUAGAGCACAGACCUUGACACCCCUCAGCUGCAGAGAUGAAUAAUCAAACAGUAACUUACUCAGAACUGAAUCUGGCCAAGAAGCCAAAAAGGCAGCAAAUCAAACCUAAGGACGCUGAUAGCUGCUUUUCAGUCAGUGAGCGGGAAAUAACUUAUGUCGGAUUAAACCUUCACAGUGCUUCUCAAGAUCUUCAGAAGAAGGACAAGACUUUCCACUGGAAAGGGAAGCUCAUUGCUGGGACCCUGGGACUCAUCUGCCUCAUCUUGACGGCCGGUGUAAUAACCGUGACAGUCACAAGUAAUAACUCUAUUGGAAUGAUGGACAAGAACAGAACUCAGAAAGCUAAUCAUUGUCACCGUUGUCCAGAGGACUGGUUCUCCUAUUCCAACCAUUGCUAUUAUAUUAGCUGUGAUAUAAAAAACUGGACUGAGAGUCGGAUGGCCUGUGUUUCUAAGAAAUCUAAGCUGUUUUAUAUGGAUAAUGAAGAAGAAAUGACGUUGAUGAAGAUUCUAUCAUCUUCUUCAUGGAUUGGACUCUAUCGUGAAAGCAGUAAUUAUUCCUGGUUCUGGAUAAAUGGCCCACCUUCCAGCCAAAUGUAA